UGCGGGGAUUUAAUUUAGCAAACGUUAAAUUACGUUAAAUUUGGCGGGUAUUAAAUUUGGCGAAUAGUCAGUUAUCAAAAUUUCAGUGGGUAUUUAAUUUGGUGAAUUUCGCCGAAAUUAGCCAAAUUCGCCAAAUUUAAUUCUCACCAAAAUUUAUCCACUUAAAGUAUAUCUUCUUUGCUAUAAAGUUAAAAUCAGUUAUGUUAAACAAACAAUUUUAUAAUGCUCAAACAUUGCUUUUUGUUACUGUAGCUUGAAACUUAAGAUGUCAGUGGAGAUUACCUCACCUAGACAAAAAGUAUCACUUCCGAUAUAUGUAUCUAAUGAUGAAAAGCAUUUUGUCACACCUGGAGAAGUUAUUACAGAGGACACAGGGUUCAUGAAAGGUCAUGGUACAUAUGCAGACAAUGCAGAUAGACUAGCAGCGUCUGUGGCUGGUAUUGUUGAGCGUGUCAACAAACUUAUAUCAGUGAAACCAUUCAAAACAAGAUACAAUGGCGAAGUCGGAGAUGUGGUUGUCGGGCGUAUCAGUGAAGUUGGACAAAAACGAUGGCGUGUGGAUACUUACGCGCGGCUCGAUUCCGUGCUUCUGCUCUCCGCUGUUAACUUACCAGGAGGAGAACUGAGAAGGCGUUCAACAAAAGAUGAACUUCUGAUGAGAGAUUAUUUAGUGGAAGGAGAUUUAAUUGUUGCGGAAGUGCAGUCUCUGUUUGCUGAUGGCUCUUUGUCACUACACAGUAGAAACUUAAAGUAUGGCAAGCUGCCGGAGGGUGUACUGGUUAAAGUUUCUCCGUCGUUGGUACGACGUUGUAAAACACACAUGCAUAAUUUGCCGUUUGGUGCGACAGUUAUAUUAGGUAACAACGGUUACAUCUGGAUCGGACCAUUGAUGUCAGCUGAAAGCGACUUAUCAUCCCGAAAUACGUCACGGAAAAGUGUCGGUAUAUCUGACCGACAUGUUAUCGCUAGAUUAAAAAACUGUAUAACUUGUUUGGCACUUUUUGGCGUCCAGUUAUAUGACACCAGUGUGACGUAUGCGUACGACGCGUCUUUAAAAUACGAAGUGAAAGAACUGUUACGACCUGAAGUGCAGGAAGAGGUUGUCGAUGUUACGCGGAAUAAUCUUGCUCAGCAUAUUUAAAUUAAAUGUUUUUGAAAGAGAGAUGUGUUAGUGAUGAUCCAACAAAGCGAUUCAAGAUAUCGAUUUUAUCUCUUGUUUCGAAGCACCUUUUUGUGAUUAUAUAUACGGAUUAUAAAAUUUGACAAUGUACUUUGAUUGGUGAAUCAAAAGAAAAUGUUUUCUGGUCAAUGUUUAGGAAAGAACAGGUUUGGUAUCUUAAAGUACGAAAGUGUUUAUUUGCCGUAUGUGUAUUUUAUGGACCAGAAAAUUAUGACGUCAUAUAUUACCAUAA